GAUUUUCAUCGUUUAAUGAAUUUUAUGGAGGCCAUUUACAAACUGACGUACAGCACCGAUUCAUCUAUGGAUCAAGGCACCAUGUCCUAUUACCGGAAUCUCCUGAAUUCACGAGAUGUUAAAGGAAAAGUGAAAAAUGCCUACAGGCCUCACAAAAUGCUGUAUUAUACAGUGUUGGAUGCCAUAUGCUGUGCAAUGUUUCUACAUUUGGAAGGUUUAAAUUCGAUACAAGAUUUCACAUUACCAGCAGACUUCAGAAAUUAUUCAACUGAUGAGAAGAUUGGUUGGUUAAAUAGCAAAGCCCAAACUAUUGUGCAGACGUUCUUCUUUGAAGAUGCGGAGGAUAUGAUGAAAGAUGUCCGUGAUAUUGUUACAGAUCCAAAUCAUCCCGAUAACUAUUGGGUUUCAAACAAAGUUGAAGAUCGCUUGCAGUGUCACCACUGCGAUAAAACAUAUGCAUGCGUGGGAAGUUUACAAAUUCACGAAGCCAAUCAGCACCAAGUAUCACUUCCAAAGAAGAAAAUAGUAAAGCAUAAAGCUGAUGACGAGCUGAAUGAGUAUUUGCUAGCUUUAUUCAAACUAACAUUACUUCAUAAAAAUUUGGACUCUGCAGUGAACAUGGGGGAUGGUCACCGGAGUGUAAGAUCGGCCCUGUACGAGUUGCCGUUGUACAACAAGACCGGCAAAAUCAAAUAUUUGAUAGGGAGCAUCCAUCUAACUGCACUGACAAAAGAGGUGUUGGAUAGUGAGCAAAGACAGCGCCUGAUUUCCAAUAGAUUCAUAAAUAUUCAAGGUGGGAAGAAUCAUAACCUUGCCCUUGAUGAGUACGUGGAAAUUUUGAACAGAGACAGCAAGGUUGUAUGUUCUGGCUACCAGACAAAGGCUAGCAUAAUGAUGCAUUCUAAGGAAUUUCCUCUGCUCGUGGAAUCUGCCAAGCAUUUUGACAAAAUCUCAGAGGCAAGAAAUCGAAAGGGAUUCCAUUAUUUACCAUCUUACAAAGCAGACGUACAGAAGGUCACAACUGAUUUGAUAGCUAUAGCUGCUCUUACCACACAGAACGGACGGAAACUCCAUUGCAGAAAACUGAACACUGAUAGAGAUAUCUACAGGGAUAGUCACCUAGGAAUGGCAUCACUUCUGCAUCGACACAGACCAUAUGUACCAUUCAAACGCUUGAGAGACAGGAGACUUUGAAUGAUAUUUUGUCUUGUUUGGAUCAUCUUAGCUCAGAGCUUAUCUGAUUUUCUGAUCACAUUUUGUCUGAUGUCUGUCUGUCCAUUAAUCUGCGAAAUAUUAUAUAUAUAGAUUUGACCAAAAAAAUAAUUUGACCAUGACUUGAGAACCCUUUGACAUCAAGACUUCAAACUUGGAACAGGGGGAGGUGGCAUAGGUGAAUCCCAAAUUUGUUUACCAUGAUCUAUUAAUAAAGGCAAGGUCAAUAUUUUUCAUAAAAAUAUAGUCUAGGUAAUAACUUUAUAACAAGGAAGAGCAAAUUAAGACUAAAUGCACUACAUGAAAAUGUUUGACAUUGACCCCUUUUACCAUUCAAGGUCAAAUUAAGAAUUGCACGAACAGAUCUUAAGUUAUGACUAUUUUGGCAUGAAGACUUGAAAUUUGAUCUAAGACGCAUUUCAUAAUUAUUUUUUACCCUGAUAAUUAAAUUGCAUUUAUUAAUGUAUCACUACCAUAUGACUUUAAGACAAAAGUUCAGUUAAAGACAGACGUACGGAUAAACAGGAAGUUGACAUUGGAUUUGAACAGAAAUGAAUCCCACCAUAUGGCGUUCCUCAGCAAAGAAUGUGCUAAAAUUUCAAGCAUCUGCAAUCAGAAGUUGCUGAGAAAACUGCUACAAAAAUUUAUUAUGUACAAAACAGACAAUUACACAGAUAAACAGGAAGUUGACAUUGGAUUUGAACAGAAAUGAAUCCUACCAUAUGGCAUGCAUUAGCAAAGAAUGUGCAAAAAUUUCAAGCAUCUGCAAUCGGUAGUUGCUGAGAAAACUUCGACAAAAAUUUAUUAUGUACGUCAGAACGGACAGUUAUACAGAUAAACAGGAAGUUGACAUUGGAUGUGAACAGAAAUGAAUCCCACCAUAUGGCAUGCCUCAGCAAAGAAUGUGCUAAAAUUUCAAGCAUCUGCAAUCGGUAGUUGCUGAGAAAACUGCGACAAAAAUUUGUUAUGUACAGAACAGACAGUUACACAGAUAAACAGGAAGUUGACAUUGGAUGUGAACAGAAAUGAAUCCCACCAUAUGGCAUACCUCAACAAAAAAUUCCAAGCAUCUGCAAUCAGUAGUUGCAGAGAAAACUGUGACAAAUUGUAUCAUUGUUAUACAUGUAUAUUAUU